CGAUUGCCAACAUAGCGCCACAUUUCAUGUAAAAAAUAGACAAAGUCUUACCCAAAUGCCUAUAAGUAAGCUACUCAACCGUACUUGGAAACCAGACUUCUGUUACUUCACAUUACCACUCUUUCACAUAACUUAUCUCUUCGUUAGUGAAAGUGUGCACCCGUGAGCAAUGGCCACAAACUUGAGCAUCUCUAUCUUCUGCCUAGUUUCAAUGCUUCUUCUUCUUGUGGAGAGCCAUACUGAGAUUGAUGCUGCUACCAUUGAGACCCCAGCUCCCGCUCCCGCUCCUGCACCAGUUAAACAGCCAAGCAAAAAGGAUGGCACUACUGAAGGUAGUCUUCAACCACAAGAUUGCAGUCCUCGUUGUGCGGACAGAUGCUCGAAGACACAAUACAAGAAGCCGUGUUUGUUCUUCUGCCAAAAGUGCUGUGCCAAAUGCUUGUGUGUGCCACCUGGAACUUAUGGCAACAAGGAGGUCUGCCCUUGCUACAACAACUGGAAGACCAAAAGGGGAGGCCCCAAAUGCCCCUAAAUGUUGGAACUUUCACAAUCUAUGUUCCUAGUUAGAUUCAGUUCUGCCACUUGUAUAUAUCAUUGCAACAUCUAGUUCUCCUUGAUUUUGAUUAUGUUGGUGUAUGCCAUUGCUCAUUUUAGAUUUGUUCUCAAGGAAUAAAAGGAAAUUUUCCUCUUAAAAUUAA